UUCUUCCUUGGGCAGAUAAAUCCCAGAGGACUUGAAGAGCAGUCGUAAAGUGGACCGAGGAUCGAAAGGAAGAAUCUGAAUUCGUCCGUGAUCGAGGAUAAAUAUCUUCGGUUAAUUGGAUCCUGUGUGUGUGCGUGUUGUGUUAUUUUGCGCGAGUGUGGGGAUAGAGCGGAGUCUCGAAAAUGUAAGGCAACCACGAGGAAGGAACGCGGGGUUAUCGACCAAGUCGCAGGCACAGCUUGUAGAGAGGAAUACAUUGAAGAAAGAGAAAGAAAAAAAAAAGAAAAAAAAGAAGAGAUAAGAAAAAAGGAGGACAACCCAAAGCGCCCGACUUGCAACGCUUGAGGAGCUGCACCGAAGCAACGAGAAAUUGUCGACGGAUUAUUUUUCCGUCAUGAAAAUGAUGAGCGACGUGGUCGCCGAUACCGUCGACGAUGGAUCGCCGAUUAAUUCGUCGGCGUCGGCCUCGAGCAGAAAGGAAUUCAGAGAACGGACCUUGAGGUCCCUCAAGAAGGGAUUGGGCCGAUUGUGGAGGAGACACAGAGGCAAUGCAUCCAUCACGGAAUACGACCCGAGCUACAAAGUCGCCUAUCUUGGCAACGUACUUACGGGAUGGGCCAAAGGCGAAGGCUGCGUUGAGAAGCCAGUGGCAACUUUGUGGAGAAAUUACGUCGGAAGUAGUCGACCUGACGUGUCGAUGCGGCUGACGGUGACAUGUGGCGGACUAACGGCGACGACCAGAGACCAUGGACUAACGGAGUACUGGGCACACAGGAUCACCUACUGCACGGCACCGACUUCUCAUCCUCGCCUGGUCGUCUGGGUCUACAGACACGAGGGUCGCCGACUUAGACCCGAGCUUAGGUGUCACGCAGCCUUGUGUUCGACGGAAUCCACAGCGAGGAGACUCGCUUCGACGCUAAACGCCAGGCUGCAGCAGGCCUUGAUGGAAUUUAGGCGAGAUAAGGUCUCCCGGCAAAAUGCUAGGUUAUCCCUGGCGAACGCGGUGUACGAAAAUCCGUCCCUUCCCCGCAGGAAGAUCCUACUCAGCACGGGAGGUCAGAACUACAAACCACCACUCGAGCGUUCGAAGAGCGCCCCGAAGUUAUCAGCGAUCGAGGAAGACGCGGCGGCCGAGGAACUGGAGCAGGCUCGUCUCCUGGAGGAGUUAAGGACGCUGCGAAGCGUUGCGUGCAGUUGGCCAGACCAGGAUCACUGGCGGUUGGCACGGCUUGUGGAGGCGUUGAACCGGGGGAACUCGGGUGAGUUCUCCGACGAAAACGGCAGCAUAUCGAGCGGCUGCGAGACGGCGAGCACGGCGAACAGCGAGGAGCGAGCUCCGGGUGCCGAGGACUCGAACAACAACUCGGAGUGCGCGGAGCCGCGAAGUCCCCGGAGGGUCUACUUCUCGGACGAGGGUAUGGAGUCGGGUCUGAGGCGGAACUCGGACGGCUCACCGAACUUCAUGACCUGCGCCGGAAGUCCGAAGUUCAAGCUCCAGGGCCGGGAGAUAUUCGCCACCGACUCCGAGCCCGGCCACGUCUUCGACUUCGAGGACGUCGAGGAGGACUUCUGCGAGGAGGAGGACGUCGUCGACUGCAGUCCCAGAGGCGAACACCCCAGGCGGCCCCAACUUGAGGGCCCGACGGGUCGUGAGAGGCGCCUCAAGCGCGCCGACACCUUUCCCCCUCCCGGAAGUCAGCUCGACCUUCUCGAGGAAGACGAGUUCUCAUCGGUCCUCGGCGCCCUCGACGAGGAGGCCGACAGCGACGAGAGCGGGUACGUCGAGGCGCCGCCGAAGGCGCUGCUGCAGCCCGGAAACCCAGUUCGAAAGGAUCUGGACCGGGAUCACGAGCAGGAACUUGAGCAGAGGAUCGCGGAGUGCAAAUCGAGCGAAACUAAGAGGCUGACCGGGGUUGCGGAGGACGUUAAGAACUCCGCGAUCUGCCCGAUAUCAGAGACGAUAAAAAUGCUCGCCAACGCGUCGGUCAAAAGUUCAAAGUCACUAGAUAUAUCAACUAACAAUUGCCUCAAGAGCCACAACGGAUUGACGUCGUCCAAGUCACUUGGCAACUCGCCGAUGGUCGAGGGCCAGACGGAGAACUUCGAGUCACCGAGUCUACUUCAGAGGAAACAACUGCUCGCUCAGCAGGGUGUCAAAGUUUAACGGGAAUGUUUCUAAUUCACGGCCAGAAAUAUUCACGAACCGAUACUGCGUAAUAUCAAGGGUUUUGUAUAUUGAUAUAACAUGUAUGCCGGUGUCCGUGUAUAGACGACGAAAUUUAUAGACGAAUAUGUGUAUAUUUGCACGAUGCAUGACUUGUAUGUAUAUAUAUUUAUACGUAUAUUAUUGUAAGGGGUUACAAUUUGUCAGGAGAAAGUCACCGGUGCACGAGUGCCACCCCGAAACGGUGGUUGCAUAAUUGUAGGGGAGACUAUUAUAGGUAGAAUUUUUUCAUAUGGCGAUACAAAUAUUAACGUGUAUUCUGUAUACAGAUGUUAAUAAAUUUUGUGACCAUUUAAUCCCA